AUGGACCCGAGCGUAAUACCCGCUGGUCGUGAUUACGUUCAGCAGCGACCCAGGCUUCGCUGGACGCUCUCCGCAUUCGUCUGGUUGCCUUUAGGAAUCUUCAUAACGGAGUAUGGCUUUAACAUCAAGUCCGUCAAGGGUCGCAGUAUGCAGCCUACGCUGAACCCAGAUGAUUCAGUAUGGAAGGACCUCGUGUUGUUCAACAGGUGCUCGGUGAAGUUCUGGAAGAGUUACAAUCGCGGGGAUGUCGUGGCUCUCAAGUCCCCAGUAGACUCUAAGCUGAUCGUGAAGCGUAUCAUUGCGCUGGAGGGUGACACCGUCCGAACGUUGCCACCAUAUCCUGACGCCGAAGUCGUGAUCCCGCAGGGACAUGCAUGGGUCGAAGGCGACGAACCAUUCCGCACCGAGGACAGCAAUCGUUUCGGACCGGUUGCCCUCGGCCUGAUCGAAUCCAGACUGUCCUUCAUCCUCUGGCCAUGGGAACGCAUAGGGCCGCUCGGCCAGCCGCUCAUAGCCCGACACGACGCCAAACGCGGCACCCCCGGAUGGCGUAGGAGCCGGGCUGACCUCGAACGAGAAAAGUGGCGGAACUCGCGCGUCACGAUCGCGCCGCCGCCAAGUUCCUGAUGCUGCGGCUGGCAGUCAUGGCCGCCUCUUUUCAUCGCUACCAGCAGUGCUCGAACGAAGUACGGACGAUAUUGGAGCACAUAGCGCAGCUCGGCUUGCGGUGGCUAGUGCAUUGUCGUAGGCACGGAAAGAACUAUGUACAGUCCGCAAGGCGAUUAUGAUAGUACAACGUUCUUCACUACGAACAUGAUAGAAGGCAUGAGCGAAGGACGGCCCGAAGUGAGAAUCAAAAAGAUCUGAGCUGUCGAUAUAAGGAAUAAAGAGAUGGAUUCCAAGAUGCUAGAUGAAUGAUG